UAAAUAAUAUGGGUGUUUUGAAAAGGAGGUUAUAAAUAAAUAUUUGGUUUUUUAAUAAAUUAAUUAAAUUAUAUAAUAGAAAUAAGUAAUUAUUUAAUUAAGAUGUCUGUAGCUUUAAUUCAACUGACAAAUUCAUUGAGCAAUAAAACAAAAUCCAUAAGUGAAUUAAAAAAAACUAUUUUACGUCCAUUGAUACAAUUGGCUGUAAAAUCGAUAGAACAAGAAUACAUCGAAGAUGGAAUUUUAGAUCGCAUUUCAGAAAAAUAUAAUUUGUCACAAGAAAAUAUUGAUGAGUGGUAUUCGGUUAUUUUAAAAAUAAUUAAGACUCAUCUACGUUAUCCUGAAUCAAUGGUUAAAGUUAAUGAUUUCAAGCAAUGUUUGCAAGAAUUAAGUAUGGAAAAUGAAUGCAUUGAAGAUUUAUGUGCAGUACUCUAUGGUCAAAAACGUCCAUUACUUAUUACCAGUUUAUCUGAAAAAAUAAAGUUCUUCCCAGCUUUAAAGUCAUGCCGUUGGAGAAUAGAUAUAACGAUAUCAACCAGUAUUUUAUCACGAGUAAUGGAACCAACAAUUUUAAUGGAAUGGACCCUAAGUAAUGGUAAAAAAUAUUUAUUUGAAUUAAGUCUUUCGAAAUUUCAUUUAAUGAGGUAUACAGUAGCAACGUUACUGCUAAAAAUGUACGAUCUCGAAGAACCUCAAAAACUUACUCAAUAAUUUACAUUAACUAUUUUAUAUUUUACAUACUAAAUAAAGCUAUAAUUAAAUA